AUCGUUUUUGUCACGUUCCGGUUUGUUUUGUGGCUGACGAUAAACACAACACAAAAGAGGAAUUAGGGUUUGUUUGUCACUAAGAGGAAGAGAAAGAAGAAGAAGAAAAUUUCGUACAAUUCCGCCAUUAAAGCUUCCACCUUUAAUGGCGACAACGACAAUUUCUUCCCUCUCUCUUUCUCUUCCUCAACUUCUUCGUAAACCCACAAAGCCUCUUCCUUUCCUCUUCCUUCUUCCUCGAUUCAAUCGGAGAUUUCGAAGUCUCACUAUCACUUCUUCUUCAAGCAACUUCAGUAGUAAUUGUGGCGAUGAUGGCUUCUCUCUCGACGAUUUCACUCUUCAUUCUGAUUCUCGAUCACCUAAAAAAUGUGUCCUUUCUGAUCUUAUUCAAGAGAUUGAACCAUUAGAUGUGAGUUUGAUUCAGAAGGAUGUUCGAGUGACUACUUUGGAUGCUAUGAAAAGAACAAUCUCAGGCAUGUUGGGGCUUCUUCCAUCUGAUAGGUUUCAGGUUCAUAUUGAAUCUCUUUGGGAACCUUUGUCUAAGCUUUUGGUAUCUUCAAUGAUGACUGGGUAUACAUUGAGGAAUGCUGAAUAUCGGCUUUUUCUUGAAAAAAAUCUUGAAAUGAGUGGUGAAGACUUGGAAAGCCGCACUUCGGAAAAUACUGAAUACGAUAUGGAAGGGACGUUUCCUGAUGAAGAUACUGUUUCAUCCAAAAGGGAUAGCAUAACUCAGAGCCUUUCUGAAACGAUUGAUGAAGAAGGUUUGGGCAGAGUAUCCUCUGAAGCUCAAGAAUAUAUCUUUCGUUUGCAGUCACAGUUGUCUUCUGUGAAAAAGGAAUUACAAGAAAUGAGGCGAAAGAACGCUGCUCUACAAAUGCAACAAUUUGUUGGCGAAGAGAAGAAUGAUUUGUUGGACUAUUUAAGAUCUUUGCAACCUGAGAAGGUAGCUGAGUUGUCGGAACCUGCGGCUCCUGAGGUUAAAGAGACAAUUCAUUCUGUUGUUCACGGUCUUUUGGCAACUCUAUCACCGAAGAUGCACUCCAAGUUUCCAGCAUCAGAAGUUCCACCUACUGAAACGGUGAAAGCAAAAAGUGAUGAAGAUUGUGCUGAACUUGUAGAGAACACCUCGUUGCAGUUUCAGCCUCUUAUCUCACUUACUCGAGACUACCUUGCUCGUCUUCUCUUUUGGUGCAUGCUAUUGGGACAUUACCUCAGAGGUUUGGAAUAUCGAAUGGAACUGAUGGAGGUCCUGUCUUUGACGUGUGAUGCCAAUGGGUCUGAGAACGUUGCUUGAAGCUAUCUUUACUUAUCCCAACGUUGUCUUACAUGCGUAUCACCGGCCUUGACAUUCUUAAACCAACAAAGUGGGCAACUGACUAGGAGAAAAGCCAGCUUUUGAGCUUUAGCUCUUGCACAUACAUGCAAAUUGGUGCUGGCCUGAAAAUUCAUGUGCGAGGUAAAGUGUAACAUAAGAAAUCACUUCUGCUAAAAUUAUUUUCCGUUGCAUUAUCAUGUGAUGGACCAGUAAAGCAAUAAAGCUAAGUGUAAUUGUAUUCAGGAAUAUACUCGUUUGGUAUAUAAAGCUAAGUAUAGUUUGUCAUACAAUUCUUGGCUCAGAAA